UUUCCACCCGGACCGUUGCUGCGGUUGCUCCUCGCCGGCUGAGGGGGAUUUGAGGAGUGGGGCAGGGGAGGGAGCCUGCUAAGAUGUACGCCGUGUACAAACAGGCCCACCCUCCCACGGGGCUGGAGUUCUCCAUGUACUGCAACUUCUUCUCCAACGCUGAGCGCAACUUGGUGGUGGCAGGGACCUCUCAGCUGUAUGUUUACAGGCUCAACCAUGAUUCCGAGACUGCAACCAAAAAUGACAGAAUCGCAGAGAGCAAAGGUCACAAGGAGAAACUUGAGCUGGUGGCCGCCUUCUCUUUCUUUGGCAAUGUCAUGUCCAUGGCCAGUGUACAGCUUGCAGGAGCCAAGAGAGACGCCCUCCUACUCAGCUUCAAGGAUGCCAAGCUCGCGGUGGUGGAGUAUGACCCUGGCACCCAUGACCUGAAAACACUUUCCCUUCAUUACUUCGAGGAGCCAGAGCUGAGGGAUGGCUUCGUGCAGAACGUCCACAUCCCCAAAGUGCGGGUGGACCCAGACGGGCGCUGUGCAGUGAUGCUGAUCUAUGGCACGCGACUGGUGGUGCUGCCCUUCCGCAGAGACACGCUGACCGAUGAGCAUGAAGGGGUCAUGGGUGAAGGCCAGAAGUCAAGUUUCCUGCCCAGCUACAUCAUUGACGUGCGGGAGCUGGAUGAGAAGCUGCUCAACAUCAUUGAUAUGCAGUUCCUGUACGGCUACUAUGAGCCCACCCUGCUCAUCCUCUUCGAACCCAACCAGACCUGGCCCGGACGGGUGGCUGUGCGCCAGGACACCUGCAGCAUUGUGGCCAUCUCCUUGAACAUCAUGCAGAAGGUCCAUCCGGUCAUCUGGUCCCUCAGCAACCUGCCCUUUGACUGCACGCAGGCCCUGGCCGUGCCCAAGCCCAUCGGAGGUGUUGUGAUCUUUGCAGUGAACUCCCUGCUGUACCUCAACCAGAGUGUGCCACCUUACGGCGUGUCCCUCAACAGCCUCACCAAUGGCACCACAGUCUUCCCACUAAGAGUCCAAGAGGGAGUGAAAAUGACGCUGGACUGUGCCCAGGCAGCCUUCAUCUCCUAUGACAAGAUGGUGAUAUCGCUGAAAGGAGGGGAGAUCUACGUGCUGACCCUCAUCACCGACGGCAUGCGCAGCGUCCGGUCCUUCCACUUCGACAAGGCGGCAGCCAGUGUCCUCACCACGUGUAUGAUCACCAUGGACCCCGGUUACCUCUUCCUGGGCUCCCGUCUCGGAAACUCCCUCCUUCUGAAAUACACAGAGAAGCUCCAGGAGCCCCCCAUGAGCGUGGCCAAAGACCCCACAGAGAAGGUGGAGGAGCCGCCCAUCAAGAAGAAACGGUUGGAGCAGCCUGCGAACUGGGCAGGGGGGAAAUCAGCUCCGCAGGACGAGGUGGACGAGAUUGAGGUGUACGGCAGCGAAGCCCAGUCUGGGACCCAACUUGCCACCUACUCUUUCGAGGUGUGCGACAGUAUCCUGAACAUCGGUCCCUGUGCCAAUGCCGCCAUGGGCGAGCCUGCCUUCCUCUCUGAGGAGUUCCAGAAUAGCCCUGAGCCUGACCUGGAGAUUGUGGUGUGCUCAGGCUACGGCAAGAACGGGGCCCUCUCGGUUCUGCAGAAAAGCAUCCGCCCUCAGGUGGUGACCACCUUUGAACUGCCCGGCUGCUAUGACAUGUGGACGGUGAUCUCGCCCCAGAAGAAUGAAGAGGUCACGCAGGAGGAAGACGCUCAGGGGGAAAGUGCAGAGAAGGAGCCGGCCCCUCCGGAGCCUGCCGACGACGGGAAGCGGCACGGGUUCCUCAUACUGAGCCGCGAGGACUCCACCAUGAUCCUGCAGACGGGCCAGGAAAUCAUGGAGCUGGACACGAGCGGCUUUGCCACCCAGGGCCCCACGGUGUACUCCGGCAACAUUGGCGAGAACCGCUACAUCGUGCAGGUGUCUCCCCUGGGCAUCCGCCUGCUGGAAGGAGUGAACCAGCUGCACUUCAUCCCGGUGGAUCUCGGCUCGCCGAUCGUGCACUGCGCCGUGGCCGACCCCUUCGUGGUGAUUAUGAGCUCUGAGGGGCAGGUCACGACGUUCGUGCUGAAGAGUGACACCUACGGGGGCCGGACGCACCGCCUCACUUUGCAGAAGCCGCAGCUGCACCAUCAAUCGAAGGUGAUCGCCCUGUGUGUGUACCGGGACGUCAGCGGGAUGUUCACCACCGAGAGCCAUUCGUCCAGCUCCCGGGAUGAGCUUUCCGUGAGGAGCCAGUCGGAAACGGAAGCUCCCAUCCAGGACAUCAGCAACACAGUAGAUGACGAAGAAGAAAUGCUGUAUGGGGACUCGGGCGCUCUGUUUAGCCCCAGCAAGGAGGAGCCGCGGCGCUCCAGCCUGCCCUCGGCCGACAGGGACCCCCACCUGUACAAGGCGGAGCCCACGCACUGGUGUGUGCUGGUCCGGGAGAACGGCGCCAUGGAGAUCUACCAGCUGCCCGAGUGGCGCCUGGUGUUCCUGGUGAAGAACUUCCCCAUGGGGCAGCGGGUGCUGGUGGACAGCUCCUUCGGCCAGCCGGCCAGCCAGAGCGAGGCCAAGAAGGAGGAGGUGAUGCGGCAGACCGAGAUGCCGCUGGUCAAGGAGGUGCUGCUGGUGGCCCUGGGGAACCGGCAAAGCCGGCCGUACCUGCUGGUCCACGUGGAUCAAGAGCUGCUCAUCUAUGAGGCCUUUAACCACGACUCCCAGCUGGGCCAGACCAACCUCAAAGUGCGGUUCAAGAAGGUUCCUCACAACAUUAACUUCCGGGAGAAGAAGCCCCGGCCGUCCAAGAAGAAGCCGGAGAGUGUGAGCGGAGAGGAAUCGGUCGCUCCCCGGGGGCGGGUUGCGCGUUUCCGCUUCUUCGAGGACAUCUAUGGCUACUCAGGGGUGUUCAUCUGCGGCCCCUCCCCACACUGGCUGCUGGUGACGUCUCGGGGGGCCCUGCGCUUGCACCCCAUGACCAUCGACGGCCCCAUUGAGUCCUUCGCCCCCUUCCACAACGUCAACUGCCCCAAGGGCUUCCUGUACUUCAACCGGCAGGGGGAGCUGAGGAUCAGCGUCUUGCCCGCUUACCUUUCGUACGAUGCGCCGUGGCCGGUCCGGAAGAUCCCACUGCGCUGCACUGCUCACUAUGUGGCGUACCACGUGGAAUCCAAGGUCUAUGCCGUGGCCACCAGCAUCAACAACUGUUGCACCCGGAUCCCUCGCAUGACGGGAGAGGAGAAGGAAUUUGAGACUAUUGAGCGAGAUGAACGUUACAUGCAGCCCCUGCAAGAGGCCUUUUCCAUUCAGCUGAUCUCUCCGGUCAGCUGGGAGACGAUCCCAAACACCAGGAUUGACCUGGAGGAGUGGGAACACGUGACCUGCAUGAAGACGGUGGCUCUGAAGAGUGAGGAGACGGUCUCAGGCCUGAAGGGCUACAUCGCCGUGGGGACGUGCCUCAUGCAGGGCGAGGAGGUGACCUGCCGGGGCCGGAUCUUGAUCACGGACAUCAUCGAAGUGGUUCCAGAGCCCGGGCAGCCCCUCACCAAGAACAAAUUCAAGGUGCUGUACGAGAAGGAGCAGAAGGGGCCCGUCACCGCCCUCUGCCACUGCAACGGCUACCUGGUGUCAGCCAUCGGCCAGAAGAUCUUUUUGUGGAGCUUAAAGGACAAUGACCUGACAGGCAUGGCCUUCAUCGACACGCAGCUCUACAUCCACCAGAUGAUCAGCGUCAAGAACUUCAUCCUGGCGGCCGACGUCAUGAAGAGCAUCUCACUGCUCCGCUACCAGGAGGAGAGCAAGACGCUGUCCCUCGUCAGCCGGGACGCCAAGCCUCUGGAAGUUUACAGCGUGGACUUCAUGGUGGACAGCGCCCAGCUGGGAUUCCUGGUGUCUGACAGGGACCGGAAUCUCCUGGUCUACAUGUACCUGCCGGAAGCCAAGGAAAGCUUUGGCGGGAUGCGCCUCCUGCGCCGAGCCGAUUUCCACGUGGGGGCCCACGUCAACGCCUUCUGGAGGACCCCCUGCCGGGGAGCCAUGGAAGGGCCCACCAAGAAAUCCAUCGCCUGGGAGAACAAGCACAUCACCUGGUUUGCCACUCUGGACGGCGGGAUGGGGCUGCUGCUGCCCAUGCAAGAGAAGACGUACCGGCGCCUGCUGAUGCUGCAGAACGCCCUGACCACAAUGCUGCCCCACCACGCCGGCCUCAACCCUCGUGCCUUCAGGAUGCUGCACAUGGACCGACGCAUCUUGCAGAACGCCGUGCGCAACAUCUUGGACGGGGAGCUGCUGAACCGCUACCUGUACCUGAGCACCAUGGAGCGCAGUGAGCUGGCCAAGAAGAUUGGCACCACGCCCGACAUCAUCCUGGAAGAUUUGUUGGAGAUUGAUCGAGUCACAGCUCAUUUCUAGGGACUUCUCCUCCGUGGGUGUGUGGGUGUGUUGUGGGCAGCAAUUCAGUGUCUCUCUCAACUCCCCAAGGUGUAAAGUAUUUCCGGCUGGGCUGUUUGCCUCCUUGUUUAUUGUUGUAUGGUGUGUGUGGUUGUUUUUUUUAAAAAAAGCAAACUGUAAAGGAUUUGUUUAAAAAAAUGACAAACUCACAA